AUGUCCUUACAUCAAUUUUCACUAGAGCCAAUCACCUGCCAUGCUUGGAACAGAGACCGUACUCAGAUUGCCCUUAGCCUUAAUAAUCAUGAAGUCCACAUUUACAAGAAGAAUGGGAACCAAUGGGUGAAAGCCCAUGAACUGAAAGAACACCAUGGACACAUCACAGGUAUUGACUGGGCUCCCAAGAGCAAUCAGAUUGUAACUUGUGGUGCAGACUGUAAUGCCUAUACCUGGAGUCAGAAAGAUGGCAUCUGGAAACCAACCCUGGUGAUCCUGAGGAUUAACCGUGCAGCCACCAUUGUGAAAUGGUGUCCCCUGGAGAAUAAAUUUGCUGUAGGUAGUGGAGCUCGACUGAUUUCUGUGUGCUACUUUGAGUCUGAAAAUAACUGGUGGGUGAGCAAACAUAUAAAAAGGCCAAUUUGUUCUACUGUCCUUAGUUUGGACUGGCACCCCAACAAUGUUUUGCUGGCUGUUGGAUCUUGUGACUUCAAAUGCAGAGUUUUUUCUGCCUACAUUAAAGAAACUGAUGAAAAGCCAGCCAGUACUCCAUGGGGUACCAAGAUGUCUUUUGGCCAACUGAUGUCAGAGUUUGGUGGUACUGGAAGUUGUGGUUGGGUCCAUGGAGUUAGUUUCUCUGCCAGUGGGAACCGCCUCUCUUGGGUCAGCCAUGAUAGUACUGUAUCAGUUGUUGAUGCCUCUAAAAACAUGAUGGUUUCACAGCUGAAAACAGAGUUCCUCCCAUUCCUGAGUGUGUCAUUUGUCUCUGAAAAUAGCGUGGUGGCUGCUGGCCAUGACUGCUGCCCAAUGCUGUUUAAUUAUGAUGAUCGUGGCUCCUUGACCUUCGUCUCCAAAUUAGACAUUCCAAAACCGAGCAUCCAGAGCAGUAUUUCUGCCAUGGAACGCUUCUGCAACAUGAACAAAAGAGCCACAACUGAGGAUCACAACACUGCUCUAGACAUGCUACACCAAAACAGUAUCACCCAAGUAUCUAUUUAUGAAGUGGACAAGCAAGACUGCCACAAAUUUUGUACCACUGGCAUUGAUGGAGCAAUGACAAUUUGGGAUUUCAAGACUUUAGAGUCUUUGAUCCAGGGGCUAUGA